AUGCGCCUUUCGGCCUUUCUCUUCAUCGGCCCUUCGCUGGCUGCGACCCUACCGUCCCAACCAUUUCUGCAUCAGGAGGCCCUUUCUCAAGCGGAUGCGGUCAAAGAAGCCUUUCAACAUGCCUGGAAUGGCUAUACUAAAUACGCUUUUCCUCACGACGAGUUGCAUCCAGUUUCUAACGGAUACGGAGACUCCAGAAAUGGAUGGGGUGCAUCUGCUGUAGACGCCCUCUCGACCGCCAUCCUGAUGCGCAAAGCUGACGUCGUUGACCAAAUUCUCGACCAUAUCGCCUCCGUCGAUUAUUCCACCACUCCCUCCUUGGUCAGCCUGUUUGAGACUACCAUCCGAUACCUCGCAGGAAUGUUAUCCGGAUAUGAUCUGCUGAAAGGGCCAAUGGCGGACUUGGUUAACGAUUCGUCGAAGGUGGAUAUGCUCCUGACUCAGUCAAAGAAACUAGCGGAUGUGCUCAAGUUCGCCUUCGACACGAAAUCUGGAGUGCCGAUCAACGACGUCAACAUCACUUCGCACGGAAACGAUGGUCUGACAUACAACUCUCUUGCCGGAAUGGGCACUUUGACGCUGGAAUGGACGCGUUUAAGUGACCUGACGGGUGAUCCGGAGUACGCGCGAUUGAGCCAAAGGGCACAAGAGUACCUGCUGCAUCCGCAGCCGGCCAGCAGCGAGCCCUUCCCCGGUCUGGUGGGCAGCAAUAUCGACAUCGCGACGGGCAACUUUACCGAUGCGGCGGUUAGUUGGAAUGGUGGCGCGGAUUCAUUCUACGAGUACUUGAUCAAGAUGUACGUUUACGACCCGCGCCGCUUUGGAUUAUACAAGGACCGGUGGGUGGCAGCUGCCCACUCAACCAUCGAGCACCUGCAAUCGCACCCGUCGUCACGACCAGACUUGACCUUUUUGGCGUCGUACAACCGGGGCCGGCUUGGUCUCAAUGCACAGCACCUUACCUGCUUUGAUGGAGGUAGCUUCCUGCUUGGAGGAACGGUGCUGGGUGACGACAAAUUGAUUCAGUUUGGCUUGGAUCUUGUGAAAGGAUGCCAUGCGACGUAUAACGAGACGGCGACAGGCAUUGGACCGGAGACGUUUGCAUGGGAUGCGCAGUCGGUGCCAAAUGACCAGCGAGUAUUUUUCGAGGAAGCCGGUUUCUACAUCACCAAUGAGGUGUACAUUCUGCGGCCGGAAGUGAUCGAGAGCUUCUACUAUGCAUAUCGCGUCACGGGUGAGACACAGUACCGAGAUUGGGUGUGGAAUGCGUUCGUUGCUAUCAAUGCGACAUGCCGGACAGACUCUGGAUUUGCUGGAAUCAACAAUGUAAAUGUGAAGGACGGAGGUGGAAAGCAGGACAACCAGGAGAGCUUCGUUUUUGCGGAAGUGCUUAAGUAUGCGUACCUGGCGGUGACGGGAGAUGAUGAAUGGCAGGUGAAGCCGGGCAAUGGGAACAAGUUUGUCUUUAACACGGAAGCGCACCCUAUCCGAGUGUAUUCUUAA